UGGCAACAGUGAUGCUAGACCGAAAAAGCGGGAAUGUCAUCUUUCUAGUGUUUGCCGAAUGGUGCCAGAGUUACUUUGUUUUACAAUGUGUAAAGUUAUUUUACUUUAAUAAAAGUAGUUACACGUGGUUAUUUAAAAUCCCUCCUGUUAUAAUAAAAGUGAAAAGAAACGUGAUAGUGUUUCUCGUAUUCUACGAUCUGAUUUUAAAUUUUGCUAGCAGCCUGAUAAUAAAGAAUCGUAUGUAGGCUACUAGUGUGUGUUUUUCUGUUUUGUGAAAAUGGUGUAUCAAAAUACUGGAAAGUACAGGCCAGAUAAGAGCGGAAAAGAGAAAAGUUCUGGGGGAAAGGAAGAUCAAGCUGAAUCCCGCAUUAUAAGAGUUAAUGAAAACAAGGCCAUUGAUGAGAAGUAUGGAUUUUCUGCUCCAAAAGAAUCAGGGGAAAAAAUUGGAUACCUCAUCAACAUGCAUACUACAGAAAUAUUUGAUGCUUCUCAACAGCUGAUCAGUGCAGUAGACUACUUCUUUGUGCAGGAGGAUGGUUCUCGAUUUAAAGCCUCACUACCUUUUAAGCCAUAUUUUUACAUACUACCAAGGAAGGAAUGUAUCCAAGAAGUCUCUAGUUUUCUUUGUAAAAAGUAUGCUGGAAUUAUUGCCAGUGUAGAGAACUGUGCUAAGGAGGAUUUGGAUUUGCCAAAUCAUUUAGUUGGUUUAAAGCAACACUUUUUAAAGUUGUCCUUUUUGUCUGUGACUGAUCUGAUGAAAGUGAGAAAAGAAAUUAUGCCUCAUGCUCGCAAAAACAGUUCUCGAACUAAUACAGCUUAUUCGGACAUGAUGGCUAAAUGCCAAAAUGAAACAGAGCAAGAUGAGUUGAACAAGAAAGUCGCUGAUACUAUGGAUAAUAUUAUAGAUAUUCGAGAGUACGACGUCCCAUACCACAUUCGUGUUUCGAUUGACAUGAACAUCUGCGUUGGCUUAUGGUACGCAGUUAAAUUUAAAGGCUCCGAAACGAUGUCUAUUACUCGCCGGGACGAUAUCAUCGAUACCCCUGACACCAUUGUGCUUGCUUUUGAUAUCGAAACCACAAAAUUACCGUUAAAAUUCCCCGAUCCAGCAACCGAUCAAAUUUUCAUGAUUUCGUACAUGAUUGACGGGCAGGGUUACUUGAUAACUAACCGAGAAAUCGUUGCAGCUGACGUUGAAGAUUUUGAAUAUACACCCAAGCCUGAAUUUGAGGGACCAUUCAUCGUUUUCAACGAACCAAACGAAAUUUCUCUUAUUCAGCGAUUCUUGGAUCACAUUCUAGAAGUAAAGCCCCAUGUUAUUGUAACGUACAACGGUGACUUCUUCGAUUGGUCAUUCAUGGAAGCGCGUGCAACUUUCCAUGAGAUGAACAUGGCCAAAAUGAUUGGUUGGGAACGUGACAAAGAAGGCGUUUACAGUUGCCGUCCCUCAAUUCAUAUGGAUUGCUUCAACUGGGUCAAACGUGAUUCCUACUUGCCCGUGGGUUCACAAAAUCUAAAAGCUGUUGCAAAAGCCAAGUUGCGCUAUGACCCUGUGGAACUUGAUCCAGAAGAAAUGUGCCGAAUGGCUGCGGAACAACCUCAAGUUAUGGCUAACUAUUCAGUUUCUGAUGCUGUAGCAACCUACUAUCUGUACAUGAAGUACGUCCAUCCUUUCAUCUUUGCGUUGUGUACUAUUAUUCCGAUGGAACCGGAUGAAGUGUUACGGAAAGGUUCUGGCACUUUGUGCGAAUCACUCUUGAUGGUACAAGCCUUCCGUGCCAACAUUAUUUUCCCCAAUAAGCAAGUGUCUAUGCUUCAAAACUGGACGGAUGAUGGCCAUCUUCUCGAUACAGAGACAUAUGUCGGCGGUCAUGUCGAGGCUCUAGAAUCGGGUGUUUUCCGCUCCAAUAUUCCGUGUAGAUUCCGCUUAAUCCCUCAAGUCUUUGACAUGCUCCUUGAAGGUAUCGAGCGGACAAUUAGGCAUGCAGUAGAAGAGGAAGAACAUGUUCCUAUUGAGCAAGUUACUAACCUGGACGAAGUUAUAGAUGAUAUCAAGGAAAAACUUAUCAGUCUACGAGAUGCGCCUAACCGAAUAGAAUUACCGGUUAUUUAUCACUUGGAUGUUGGCGCUAUGUAUCCAAACAUUAUUUUGACCAAUCGCCUCCAACCUUCAGCCAUGGUUGACGAAAGCGUUUGUGCAUCAUGCGAUUUCAAUCAGCCGGGCGCACAGUGCCAACGUAGCAUGUCGUGGAUGUGGCGGGGUGAUUUCAUGCCAGCCACACGUGGUGAGUUUCAACGAAUCCAGCAGCAGUUGGAGAACGAAAAAUUUCCACCGAUCAUUCCCGGGAUGCCCACCAGAGCUUUUCACCAACUUACUCGUGAAGAGCAAUCUACUAAAGAAAAACAGCGUCUUUCCGAAUACUGCCGCAAAGCCUACAAGAAAGUUCGUGUAACCCGCACAGAAGAGCGACAGCAGACAGUGUGUCAAAAGGAAAACAGCUUUUACGUCGAUACCGUUCGAGCUUUCCGUGAUCGACGAUAUGAGUAUAAAAAUCUGAAUAAGAUGGCGAAGAAGCAAAUUGCUGAAGCGAUUGCACUUGGUGAUGCGGGGGAGAUUAAAUCGGCAAAAAACCGUGAAGUGCUUUAUGACUCUCUACAGCUUGCUCACAAAUGUAUUCUCAAUUCCUUCUACGGCUACGUCAUGCGAAAAGGAGCGCGUUGGCAUAGCAUGGAAAUGGCUGGUAUUGUAUGUCACACUGGUGCUGGGAUCAUCCGAAAAGCUCGAGAACUAAUAGAACAGAUUGGCCGCCCUCUGGAACUUGACACCGAUGGUAUUUGGUGUAUUUUACCAUCAUCUUUUCCGGAAAACUACGUGAUCAAAACCUCAAAUCCCAAGAAGUCAAAGAUAACCAUAUCCUAUCCAGGUGCCAUUUUGAAUGUGAUGGUGAAGGAUGCCUUCACAAACAAUCAGUAUCAUGAAUUGGUAGAUCCUGAAAAUUUGAGCUACAUCCAACGGGAUGAAAACUCAAUUUUUUUCGAAGUUGAUGGUCCGUAUCUAGCAAUGAUACUACCUGCCUCAAAAGAGGAAGGGAAAAAAUUAAAAAAACGUUAUGCCGUUUUUAACUUUGAUGGUAGUCUUGCCGAAUUGAAAGGAUUUGAAGUGAAAAGGCGUGGAGAGCUUCAGCUUAUUAAGAUUUUUCAGUCGUCUGUAUUUGAAGCUUUUCUCAAAGGUGACACACUGGAAACCUGUUACCAGGCCGUGGCUAAAAUUGCAGACUACUGGCUUGAUGUGUUAUAUUCAAAAGCUGAGAACCUCCCCGAUUCGGAGCUUUUUGAAUUGAUUACGGAAAAUCGUUCGAUGUCACGUAAAUUGGAAGAAUAUGGCGGUCAGAAAUCCACAUCCAUUAGCACAGCCAAGCGCUUGGCAGAAUUUUUGGGUGAUCAAAUGGUAAAGGAUGCCGGUUUAAGUUGUCGUUUCAUCAUUUCAAAGAAACCAGAAGGAGCUCCCGUUACGGACAGAGCCGUGCCGUUGGCAAUUUUCCAAUCUGAACUUAGUGUCAAACGUCAUUAUUUGAAAAAGUGGCUUAAAGACAAUUCUUUAACGGAUUUUGACAUCCGCACCAUUCUGGAUUGGGAUUAUUACAUUGAACGUCUUGGCGGAUGCAUUCAGAAAAUCAUUACCAUUCCUGCCGCUUUACAAGGGGUGGCUAACCCUGUUCCCAGGGUCCAACACCCAGAUUGGCUUCACAAACGAAUGCUGGAAAAAAAUGAUGUCCUGAAGCAAAGGCGGAUUAAUGAAAUUUUUAAGACCACCGCGAAGCCAAUUUAUGAUCCUAGUUCAGAAGAUUCAGCAGUAGUAGGAGACAUGGAAGAUAUUGGUGGAGGCAACGGUAUUGGAAACAAUCGACCGAUAGUGACCUCCAAAAGAAAACGAAAUAUCAGCGAAUCCGCUAACGAAUUGGAUAAGAACUGGCGUGAAAUCCUUGGUCCUCCACCACCGAUGGGCAAAGCUGGAGGAGAAGAGCGUGAAAUGUGGAUUCGCUAUCACAAAAAGAAGUGGGCCAUUCAAAUAAAACAGAGAGUGGCUCGUCGCGGAAAAGAAGCAAAUAGCAAUACAGGAGUAUCUUCCACGUCUAACCUUGGGGGAAUUCUUGCGCUGGAGUCUUACACCAAUUUGGGAGGCUUCUUGCGACGUGCGCAGCAAACACUUUUGUCUUCCAUGUGGCAAAUUUUACAAGUGAUGGAAACUUCACAACCAGGCAUGUUCCGGUUGUGGGCUUUGGUUGGCAACGAGCUUCACCAAAUUCGAUUAACCGUGCCUCGCAUAUUUUACCUAAAUAAGAAAAAACCCUUGGAAAAAGAAGUUACUAGUGAAUCAGCCAUCUGGCGAAAGGUAAAUCGGAUACUCCCUCGGUCCCAUCGCGUUUAUAAUCUGUACGAAUACAGCGUACCCGAAGAAGUCUACCAACAGAACUUUAACCAGUUAAUGGCUGACUUGUCUACUUCAGACAAUGCUGGAAUUUACGAAACCCAGGUACCGCUUGAUUUUCGCGUGUUAGUGCAGCUUGGGUGUGUUUGUGCCGUCGACAGGAGUCAGCGUUUUAUUCCAACUGGUGAUACCGAAAGUUUCAAUUUAUCACAGUUGACAUUCAAAACGCUGGCUCAUCACCCCUACCUGGAAUCAGGGAUAGAGUCACUAAAAUAUCUGUACAUUUAUCAUUAUAAAAGCGGAAAUAAAGUUAUGUUGGUGCUCUUCUCCCCACCAGCCAAAAAGGCCAAUUUUUUCGUCGUUGAUACAGUUCGGACCAACCAAAUGCCAAAUUUGGCAAAUCUUUACAACGAGGAACGACUUAAAAGACUAUCACAGGCUGAUAUUAAUGAAAGUUCAGUACCUGCUAGAGAUUAUUCGUUUUCUAUUCAAGUGGAAACCGAUAUUCGCCAAGUCUAUCGUCAAAUGAACCGUUUGUUGCAAGCAUACAAAGAAGAAAAACGAGGGCCAACUUUUGUGGCCAUCCAAUCCCAUCAGGACUUGCCUACGACUGCCUCGCAAAUCCAAACUCUCAAUGAGUUCCCGCUUGUUCCCAUCCACAGCACUGAUCCUGAUGGCUUGUAUAAUGUGCUCGACUGGCAGAGAGUAGGCUCAAAAGCUUGCUUGCGUCAUUUUCUUCGCCUACGCUCCGUCCUCGAUGCCAAUCUGGAGCAAUGCCGUUAUUUUCAUAUUCCGAUUGGAAAUUUGCCCUCUGACGCCAACCUUUUUGGGGCUGAUUUGUUUUUCGCCCGCCAUCUGAUCCGCAACAAUUGUGUCCUUUGGUGCUCACCGACUGCACGUCCCGAUCUCGGCGGCAAAGAGGCAGAUGACAACCGACUCGUUACAGAAAUUGAGGAUAAUACGACAACGCUGGUAGUCAACAACGCCGGCGUCUACAGCAAUGUUUGUAUUGAGAUGGACGUCGAUGCGUUGGCAGUCACAACCUUACUACAGUCACAUCAUGUUUUGGAUAUUGAAGGCACAAGCUCAAGCACCGCCUUUGACGUGCCGCAAACAUCACUUAAGGACAUGCUCAACGACACUAGCGGCCCAGAACUUAGCAAUUAUAGCGAGUCAGCCAUGUGCGUGACAGUCUUUCGAGUUCUAAAAUCAGUGGUAGCUUCCUGGCUUCGGGAUAUAUCAGUUCAUCGUAAUGUAUUUGCUGAUUUCCAAGUUAUUCAUUUCUACAGAUGGUUGCGCAGCCCAACAGCUUUACUUUAUGAUCCAGCAUUGCGCCGUAUGCUCCAAAAUCUAAUGCGCAAGUACUUCGUUCAGCUCCUAGCCGAAUUUCAGAGACUCGGAGCCACGGUCGUAUAUGCUGAUUUUGGCCGUAUUGUUCUUGGCACUAAAAAGCGGCGCAUACCUGAUGCGUUAUCAUAUGUUAGCUUCGUGUGCGCUAGUUUGCACCAGAAGGAACUCUUCCGCAGCUUAGAACUCAAUGUUCAACAUUGUUGGCAAUUGCUUGUAUGGCUUGAUCCUGCCAACUAUGGUGGGGUUAAAGGAAAGACAGAUUCUGCAAAGGAGAGUGAAGAAGGUACCGAAGACACUAGUUUUACUGAAGAUGAGGAAGAAGAAGGAACGGCCGUAGAAAUGAACUGGGACGUAGUCAAAUAUUUUCCAGAAGAUCCCCCUUGCCAAGAAUAUUUCAACACCGUAAUUGCCACAUACAUUUCAGCUAUCCAUGAUCACUUGGCAGAAUCUUAUGGCGAUCGCAUGCCCGGCGCCACGCCAAUACGGCGCAUCCAAUCUUCACAGACACAACGCAGUAAAGUCGGUCCAACUCCGGAUUCCCUAAAAGAAUUUACGCGUGAACUCAUCGACCAAGAAAUCGCUCAGCAUCUUUUCCGUGUUGUUCAAAAGCUUCACAAACAGCUGCAUGGGCACCAUGGUACGGAUGGACUGAGUAACCCUUCCCUUGAAUUCGUUAAAGCCGUGUGCCGCGUUUUUCAGCUGGAUACCAAUAUCGUAGAAGAGGUCACUCGGUUACGAAGAAAUCUCCUCAAGCUAAUCGGUGUAGGGGAAUUUAGUCAAGAUGCUGAAUGGAAAGACUCGUGCAUGUCAUACAUCCUCCCCGAAGUUAUUUGUCCUACUUGCAAUCAUUGUCGAGAUAUCGAUUUGUGCAGAGAUCCACAUGAAUCAGAAGAUCGCGGAAUACCUACAUGGCAAUGCCCGCUUUGUAAAUCCAGUUAUGACAGUGAUGAAAUUGAAUCCAUGCUAUUGGAUGUAGUCAACCGGAAAACCAUGAGCUUCGUAUUGCAGGAUUUGCAGUGCAAAAAAUGCAAACAGAUCAAACGGGAGAACUUGUCUCAGUUUUGCUCUUGUGCGGGUGAGUUUCAGCUAUUGCAAUCUUCCUCGACCUUGUUGCAGACGUUGGCGAUUUUUGAGCGAGUUAGCAAAAAAUUUAGCCUCACACUUCUUCAUGAAACCGUAGAUCAACUGUUGAAAAUGAAUCAAAAGGCAAAUAAGUAAAAGAGAAAAACGUUCUUUUAUUUAUGUAAAAAAGGCAUUCGGUAAAUUACAAUGGAAGAAUAUUA